UAUAUCAUAUAGAAUACCUAUAUGUAUUAUAAUAAGGUGCCUAUAAUAGGUACCAUAAUUAUUAUAUAGUAUGUAUAUAGGAUUCUAGGAUUCUAAUGAUUAUAUAUACUAUAUAGAAUUGAAAAGUUAGUUAAUCUGCAGACUAAUAUAAUCUGAUUUGUAACCAAAGCAACACCAAGUAAUCAAAAUAUAUAUAAUUAUAUUUUUCAAAAUAUACAAAAUACGAUGUGUUCAAUUAGCAUGUAUUUUAUAUUGAAAUUAAUGAUAAUAUUAUGAGACUUUAUUUUGGUUUAUACAUAAUGUGUUAUGUCAAUAUCUAUGUUUUUUCUCAAAAUAUUGUACAUAAUGUUACAACUAUUUUUAAGCCACACAUGUUGAAUGGACAUUAUAUUGAAUGGCCAAAUAAAAAAGUGGAAGCCAAUUAUUUACACGAAAAACGAUGUAUACCAAAAAAUAUCAUUUUUACCAGGUUUCAAAUCUGUGGAAAUCAAGUGAUUUUGGUUUCACCACGUUACAAGGAAGGUGUACCAUUCACGUUAAGUCAAUUAACGCUAUACGAUAAAGAUCAAUGUUUCAACUAUGUGCGACCGUUUCCUAGUUUAGAGAAGAGCACCACAGACGAAAAUAAAUCCAUUGUAAAUGCCAUAGACAUAUACAUGGGUCAAAAUGGUAUAGUUUGGGUGUUGGAUAUAGGAAUUGUAAAUACCUUAGAAGAAACCCCAAAGAGAGAAUCCGAAGCUAAAAUAUUAGGGAUUGACUAUGGAGAUGGACGUAUAGUACAUAGAAUACCACUCAGACCGUUAAUAUGUCGAAUGCGCAGUCGACUACAAUACCUAGUUGUCGAAUAUGAUAAUGUAAACAAUGAUAAACCAAUAAUUUAUAUCGGAGACGGAGGUACCCGUUCAAUUAUUGUGUGGAACGUACAAACUAACGAAGGCUACAGAGUAAAAUUGCCAUAUUCUUCUACUACAACAUGCACAGAUUUUUCUACAGAAGAUGUGUUUUACCUAGUGUUGAUCGAAAAUUUUAAUUCCAAUUACAUAUAUUUCACUUAUUUGUCGAGCUCAGAUAUGUUUAAAGUACGUACCAAGGACUUACAAAAACGGAUCAAUCCUAAAUGUAUAAUCGACGUUGGACGGAAACCUUGCAAAAUGGUAGUUUUAGGCUCUGCAUAUGGCUCAGUAAUGUAUUUCCGAAUAAAAGGAUUAAACCAUUUAUAUAGUUGGGACACAAAAGAAAGUUUCUUAGAAGAAAACAUGAAAAUAGUAAAAAAAAGUGUAGACUGCCGUACAAUAACACACAUAGAUGUUGACAACAAUGGUGUACUGUGGAAAUUAGAGAGUAACUUUGAAGAUUACGUAGUUAACAUGGUAGGAUGUUAUGGUGCUAGUAUAAUGCUUUCACCUAUAGUUGGAAAAUCCGUACCUCCACAGCAGGAUAAAAAUUAAUUGGCCGAGUAAUAUUACACAACUAUAAAAAUGCGGUAUUUAAAAUAACUUACCUGCCUAAUGCAUUUGCUAAUUUACCACCAGCUACACCACCGAUUAUACCACCAAUCAAGAAUACGGAAACCAGUAUAGACCAAAGACCAUCAAGUUGAGCAGAUGAAAAUUGUACAGCAUAGCGAUCCAUGAUAGUUUCGUUGCACCAUUGUUUCAAUAUCUAUAAGUUUCAAUUUUUUUGUUAUUAUAGUUUGAUAAUUUUUGUCAUGCCUAAUUUAAUAUUGAACAUAAGAACUAAAAUAAAAAUGUUAAAAAGUACAAUUAAACUUGAAUACUAACUUCUGCAGGGGAAUUUACAACUCCGGUAUUGUAUCCGGCGGGAAUUGAACAGCCUAAACUAGUACUUAUUGUUGUUACGACUAGAAUCCAUGAUAUU